UGAAAAACUUCACCCUUCGGAGAGCUUUUUCGGCAGACAUUCGGCCGAAAGCCCCCAACAUUGGAGCUAUGAGACCGGAAUACCGGUGUCACCUGAACUUUGCACCUUUUAAGAUGUUAGCGAGCAUCCAGCAUCUCAUGCUGCACUCAGUUCUUGACCUCAAUUUGGAAUUAGGUCAGCUAGCAAUCCCGUCAUGCAAAAUGUCGAAGAUGGCGGACGAAGAACCGGAAGAUAUGGAAGUUGAUAGAGAAAAUGCGUCAAAAGGAGAGAAAAUGUUCGCCCUGAAGAAGUGGAACGCUGUGGCUAUGUGGAGCUGGGAUGUAGAAUGUGAUACAUGUGCAAUUUGCCGCGUCCAAGUCAUGGAUGCAUGUCUGCGUUGUCAGUCAGAAAACAAACAAGAUGACUGUGUUGUUGUAUGGGGAGAGUGCAACCAUUCCUUCCACAACUGCUGCAUGUCUCUAUGGGUGAAACAGAACAACAGGUGCCCUCUGUGUCAGCAGGACUGGGUGGUACAGAGGAUAGGGAAAUAACACUGGGCUCUGGUCAGCCUGAAUGACCAACAGGUGCCCACUGGGUCAGGAGGACUGGGUGGUGCAGAGGAUAGGGAAAUAGCACUGGACUUCUUGGCAUAGAUAACAGUGGUGUUUUAUAACACUGGAGUUCAUAACAUAUAUAACAAUGGUGUUUUAAAACACUGGAGUUCAUAACAUUUAUAACUAUUGUGUAUCAUAACACUGGAGUUCACAACAUAUAUAACUAUGGUGUUUUAUAACACUUGACACUGGUCGCUAAAACUGACCAUCAUCUGCCAUCUUUUGUAAAAGGACUGUUACAUAGAAGACAUAAAGAGGAAAAGAAGACUGAAAUUUUCUGCACUAUCUCAGUGAUAUAAGAGACAUGUUAGACAACUGUGAAAAGUCGUGGUUAAAACAUGGACACCACUGGUGGAUUGAUCUUGAAACAUGCUUUUCCCCCAAGCAUUUUCUUUGACACCAAGUUUGAAUUGUGAUGAUUGAGUGUUCCCUGAGUUGAUCGAUGUUUCAAUUCACCUCAGACAACACUAAUAGUCACAUUCUGAACUUUAAGGACUGUUCCUUUUUAAUGAAAUAAAUUAUAAAUUAUUUGGAGAUGUGACAUAUUCAAUUGCAUUUUAUUUAUCAACAAAGCAUGAACAUUUUUUUUUGAAUGAUGAUAUUUCUUAAAUUCUACUUUUGUAAUAUAUGCUGGCAAUUAUAAUUCAAUUUCUAGCACUUUGUAUGAAUCAAAAUGAAACGAUAUCAGAAAAAGA